AUGGCCUGUGAUUGGGGCUUCCUGCUGUUACAGGUCUGCUUUGCCAUCUCGUCUGCCAGAGACCCUGACAUGCCGAUCAUCUUUGCGUCCCCCAGUUUCUACGAAUUGACAGGCUACACACCUGAAGAAGUACUAGGAAGCAAUUGCAGAUUCCUUCAUGGACCAGACACAUCACGACAAAAGGUCAUGGAAAUCAGGAGCGCCAUCCAGGAGGAACGAGCAGCACAGGUCUGCAUAAAGAAUUACAAAAAAAGCGGCGAGUCCUUCUGGAACCAUUUCUACCUCGAACCGAUCUUCGAGGACGCGGGAGUUGUGGAGUACUAUAUAGGCACGUCCUCAAAAAUCCGUUUCAAUGCUCGCAUUCAAGUUUGCCGAGGGUAUGCUGCAGCUACAUUCUUGUGCGCUGAAUGCUUACCUGUGGCGCGUGCAGAUGAUGUGCCCUUGGUGCUGACAGAUGAGCCCAGCUGCGCUGAUGUGCGGAUUGCGCUCACUCAAAAUGCCCCAAUGGUUGGGAGUUCUACUAUCUGCCUGACCCUGCUUAUGUGCUCUAUUGUCUCCCGCUCUGCAGGUGAGGGACUUGUGCACCAUGUCUCAGGGCCGGUGGCCGCCCCGUGUGUGCCCACAAGCCUGUUGCAGCCUCUGAUGAAGCUGGCGCAGUCCUUUGUGCUGGCCAAUCCAGAUGAGCCCGACUGCCCCAUUGUGUACGCCAGCCAGCGCUUCCUGGACCUCACUGGCUACCCCAGGGAUCAGGUUGUGGGCCGCAACUGCAGAUUCCUGCAAGGGCCUGGCACCAAUCCAGAGGACGUGCAGCGGUUGCGGGAUGGCAUUGCAGCCGGCGGGCCUGUCACCGUGAAGCUGCUGAAUUACAAGUACGAUGGCACGCCCUUCUGGAAUCAUCUUCAUGUGACCUCUGUCCGGAACGCCUGCGGGAAGGUGGGCACAAUUUUCUUCCAUCAUUGA